AUGCAGAGCAGCGCGUACGGGGCCUCGUUAGCCGGUGGAGCUUUCGACUUAGAGAACUUCGUGAAACAGCCGCAGACCGUGCUGCGCUGCCUAUGCUGGGUGAGUGAGAGAGAGAGAGAGUCACGGAAAUGAUAACGUUCGUCAGUUAGCACCAAAAGCUAGCAGCUGUCACAGCGUAACGUUUAUCUAUGCGGGCAGUUUGUGAGUUUGUGAGGUUUACAAGCAGAUAACAGCUUAAAGAUAGCGAGAGCUAACUUUAAAUGUGCGGUAAAAUCUUUUAAAGGUGACAUAAAAGACGUUAUUUCUGAAGCUAAAGCUGUGCUGCAUGCUCAGUGCUGUGUCACAGUGUAAACGGCUGCUUCUCUGCUGCUUCUAAUGUGCAUUAGGGAAAGUUCAGCCUCACAUAUUGACAUUUUAUCUUAAAACUGUAUUGUUAAAGGCAUUCUCAUGUUAAAAUGUCCUUUUACAGAACAGCUUUUUAGCAGUUAUAUGCAAGAAUAGUAAUAAUAAAACAAAUAUUGUACCAGUUGAAUAGCGUAUAAUAGAUAAAAAAUAUAUAUGUACGUGAAGUAGUGACUGUUAUUUAACUGUAAGUUUUGUUUGAGCUCCAGUACUCUGCACAAUUACUUUGAAAGUGAAAAUGAUAGAGAUAAGAACAAUUUUUAACCUCUCUAAACAACUUAUACACACCUUAUCAGAGGUUUUGUCACUUUCUGAACACCUGAGGCUCUGAGGGAGGGACAGAGACCAUUACACACUAAAAAAAAGUCAAUAAUACAGAACAGAAAGUUGGUUUCUACUCUGGUUUCUACAAAGUUGGUUAUAAAAAUGCUUGGAAACAUCUUUUUACUUGUCUUAAUCCACCAAAAAACAACCUAUCUAUAGUCUCAAAUCUUUAAUCUACCAGAUAAUGGCUGAAUGAUUGCCUGGUUUCAGAUCAUUUUUGCAGAAUUCCCCUUUUUUAUUGGUUUCAUAUUCAUAUAAUACAAUAAUACUAUAUGUCCAAGCAAUAUAAGGCUGAGCAGAAAGUUGGUUUCUACAAAGUUGGUUCUUUUUACUUGAUUUUAUCCACUAAAAAGCAACCUAUCCACAGUCUCAGAUCUCUAAUCUACCAGAUCGUGACUGACUGAUAUGCCACUGUUGUCUAGUUUUGUGUUAAAAUCUGCUCAGGUAGCGUCAGAUGUUGCGUGUUUUCACACCUCACUCACAGUGUUAAACUCGAUCAGGUGUUCAGGACAUUCUUGCAGAAUUUCCCUUUUUUUUUAUCGGUUUCAUAUUGAUAUGAUUUAACGCAGAUUAGUUGUCUCCUUAUAGUGAAAGCUUCUUGUGAUGUGGAUCAUGUGAUCAGAAUCAUGUGGCCCCCACGCUGCCUCUUGACUUGAAACAUGCAUUUUUUCACCUCCUUCCUCCCCCCUUGACAUUAACCCUUUGUGUGCCCUCUUUGUAGUUGUUCUCCAUCGUGGUUUUUGCAACCAUCACCGCAGAGGGCUACGUCAACUCGCCAACCAAGCAGAACCCUGAGUGCAUGUUUAAUGAUAAUGACAGCGCCUGCAGCUAUGGGGUAGGAAUCGGAGUCUUGGCCUUCUUGGCUUGUGUUGUCUUCCUUGUGCUGGAUGCCUACUUCCCACAGAUCAGCAAUGCCAAAGAGAGAAGAUAUAUCGUCACAGCAGAUUUGGGCUUCUCAGGUAGGUUUGUUUAAGACAGACAGAGAAACAGGAACUGCACUUCAGCUGCAUAUUUUAACCCUGAUUAUUUGUUUUUCCUCUUUUGAUCAUCUGAAUCGUGGGACAGCGGUCUGGACUUUCCUCUGGUUCAUCUGCUUCUGUGUCCUGGCCAACCAGUGGUCCAAAACCACCAACACUGCUGUCCAAGGCGAUGCUGCACGGGCCGUCCUUACCUUCUCCUUCUUCUCAAUUAUCACCUGGGUGAGACUCUCGCCGCUUUGACAAUUUGACUAACAAAACCCGUUUAUGAUACUUAACUUUGCCCUGUGCGUCACCUUACAGCCUCACAUGCUCUGUUUUUUCUCUCUGCAGGCUCUGCUGUCCUACUUUGCCCUUGGACGGUAUCGCCAAGGCGUCAGUGACUUUGACCAGGACUACAGAGACCCUGCGCACGACCACACCUCUCCAUUCCCUCCUGGUCCGUACGCCAGCAGCAGCAGCGGCCCUCCAGGCUACCAGCAGUCGCCUUUCUCCCACAACCAGGAGCAGCCAGGGGAGUACCAGCCUCCAGCUUAUUAA